AUGUGCCGUUACCCGAGAGCUAUCUAUAGUAACUUUCUCUUCUUAUUUGCUUCCAGCAUCCUUGCCACAGCAGGGACACAUUUCAACACCCAUGUGGACCUGCGGACUCUGCGGGCGGUGCGAGUGCUCAGACCCUUGAAGCUUGUCUCAGGCAUUCCUAGUUUACAGAUUGUGCUUAAGUCCAUCAUGAAGGCGAUGGUGCCUCUUCUCCAGAUAGGACUCCUCCUUUUCUUUGCUAUCUUGAUGUUUGCCAUCAUUGGUCUGGAGUUCUACAGUGGGAAACUACACCGGGCUUGCUAUGUGAAUAAUUCAGGUGAAUUACAAGAACUGGACCCACCUCAUCCCUGUGGGGUACAGGGAUGCCCUGCAGGCUACGAGUGCAGGGAAUGGAUCGGUCCCAACGAUGGGAUCACCCAGUUUGACAACAUCCUUUUUGCUGUGCUGACCGUCUUCCAGUGCAUCACCAUGGAAGGAUGGACUACAGUGCUGUACAAUACCAACGAUGCCUUAGGAGCCACCUGGAACUGGCUGUACUUCAUACCCCUCAUCAUCAUCGGAUCAUUCUUUGUUCUCAACCUUGUCCUGGGAGUGCUUUCUGGGGAAUUUGCCAAAGAGAGAGAACGGGUGGAGAACCGCCGGGCAUUCAUGAAGCUGAGGAGGCAGCAGCAGAUCGAGCGGGAGCUGAAUGGGUACCGUGCCUGGAUAGAUAAAGCAGAGGAAGUCAUGCUGGCUGAAGAGAACAAAAACUCUGGCACAUCAGCCUUAGAAGUACUUAGGAGGGCCACCAUCAAGAGGAGCCGGACAGAAGCCAUGAAUCGAGACUCUAGUGACGAGCGCGUGGAUAUCUCCUCUGUGGGUACCCCACUCGCUCGGGCCAGCAUCAAGAGUGCUAAAUUGGACGGCGCCUCCUACUUCCGGCACAAGGAGCGGCUCCUGCGCAUCUCUGUUCGUCACAUGGUGAAAUCCCAGGUGUUCUACUGGCUCGUCCUGAGCAUUGUGGCCCUCAAUACUGCUUGCGUGGCCAUUGUCCAUCACGACCAACCUGCGUGGCUCACUCACCUUCUCUACUAUGCAGAGUUUAUAUUUCUGGGUCUCUUCCUCCUGGAGAUGUCCUUGAAAAUGUAUGGGAUGGGCCCACGCCUUUACUUUCAUUCUUCAUUCAACUGCUUUGACUGUGGGGUCACAGUAGGGAGCAUCUUUGAAGUGGUUUGGGCUAUAUUCAGGCCGGGUACUUCUUUUGGGAUCAGUGUCCUACGAGCCUUGCGGCUGCUGAGAAUAUUCAAAAUCACAAAGUAUUGGGCUUCCUUGAGGAAUUUGGUGGUCUCACUGAUGAGUUCUAUGAAGUCCAUUAUCAGCCUGCUCUUCCUCCUUUUCCUCUUCAUUGUAGUCUUUGCCCUGCUUGGGAUGCAGCUGUUUGGUGGCAGGUUUAAUUUUAUGGAUGGGACUCCUUCCGCAAACUUCGACACCUUCCCUGCAGCCAUCAUGACAGUUUUCCAGAUCCUGACAGGCGAAGACUGGAAUGAAGUUAUGUACAAUGGGAUUCGUUCCCAAGGCGGUGUCCGCUCAGGGAUGUGGUCAUCCAUCUACUUCAUUGUGCUCACUCUGUUUGGCAACUACACCCUGCUUAAUGUGUUCUUGGCCAUUGCUGUGGACAACCUGGCCAAUGCGCAGGAGCUGACAAAGGAUGAGCAGGAGGAAGAGGAGGCUUUUAACCAGAAGCACGCUCUGCAGAAAGCCAAGGAGGUCAGCCCAAUGUCUGCUCCGAACAUGCCUGCGAUCGAAAGGGACAGAAGGAGGAGGCACCACAUGUCGAUGUGGGAACCACGCUCCAGCAAUCUGAGGGAUAGGAGAAGGCGCCACCACAUGUCCGUGUGGGAGCAGAGGACCAGCCAGCUCCGCCGACACAGGCAGAUGUCCAGCCAGGAGGCCAUCAACAAGGAGGAGCCCCCUCUGCUCAACCCUCACGCGAGCAUCUUUCGGAGAAGGAAGCUGCUGGAGAACUCUGGCCUCGAAAAGGAAGAGGGGGAACAAGGGGGCAAGGCAGAGCGGGCACAGGGAGAGGGCUCGGAACAGCCGCAAGUCCUGGGUUCCAAUCCUUGCCCGAGCAUCAGGGAAGACCAGAGGACCCCGUCUCCCCGAGCCAAGAGAGAGUGGGAAGGGUGGCACCACAAGUCGUUCCACGGGAACUGUGGUCUCGCUGACCAGGAGGGUGGAGGAAGCGUGGCCUUCGAGGAAAGGGCCCGGCUGAGGCACAGCCAGCGGCGCAGCCGGCACCGCAGGGUGCGGACGGAAGCCAAGGAGACCAGGUCGGCCAGCCAAGAGACGGGCCCCGAGGAGGCGAUCCCGGCAGAGGGAGAGCAGAAGAAGAGCGAGGAGGAGAAGCAGGCCCUGAUGGAAGAGGGGCCGGUGGCUGCAGAGGAGGAGCUGACGAGCGAAGCCCCGGCAAACGACACACCGCUUGCUGUGCCCCCCCAAGAACCAAACCCUGUCGAAUCCAACUUGGAGUCAUUCAAAGGCAAGGAGGCCAGCCCAGCAGAGCAAAGUGGUGGCAGCCCGGACACGAGCGAGCAGGCCCUCCUGGGCGACCUGCCAGCGGACACGUGCCGGACUAUCAGCAGGAGCGAACCCGACCUCUCGUCCAUCACCACCAACACGGAGAAGGUCGCGGAGAGCACCACCAUCAUGAUUGACGUCCAAGACUCUGCUGUGGUACAGAUUAGCAACAAGACCGAUGGAGAGGCCAGCCCUUUGAAGGAGUCCGAGACCAAGGAAGAGGAAGGGGAGGAGACAGAGAAGAAGAAAAAGCGGAAGAAGGAGAAGAGCAAGACGGGCAAGCCGAUGGUUCCGCACAGCUCUAUGUUCAUUUUCAGCACCACAAACCCGAUCCGGCGAGCCUGCCAUUACAUUGUCAACCUGCGGUACUUUGAGAUGUGCAUUCUUCUGGUGAUCGCGGCAAGUAGCAUCGCCUUGGCAGCAGAGGAUCCGGUCCUGACCAACUCGGAGAGGAAUAAAGUCCUGAGGUAUUUUGACUACGUUUUCACUGGCGUGUUCACCUUUGAGAUGGUUAUUAAGAUGAUAGACCAAGGAUUAAUACUGCAAGACGGAUCGUACUUCCGGGACCUGUGGAACAUCCUGGAUUUCAUUGUGGUGGUUGGAGCUCUGAUGGCCUUUGCUUUGGCGUAA